GAACCACUUUGGCUCAAACGGUGCUGUUUGCAUAUAUUGGACUCUGGCCACGCCAAUGGAGACAGUGGUCGGUUAUGCGAUGGUCAGGGGGCGCCCCGGCUGCCGCCGGGCGCACCGAGGGCGGCGCCGCGGUGGCCGCAGAAGGAGCGCAAGCCGAAGGCCAAGAAGGUUCGGUUCGCCAACGGCAGCAGGGCCCGGGUGCCUCCGGAGCCCCUGCCGCGCCUCGCGAGGGUGCCCCUGCCGCCGCCCCCGCGGCCCGCCGUCCGGGUGACCAGGAGGCGCCUGACGCUCGCCGAGAGGGUGGCCCGCGCGGGGAUACCCGAGGGGGCCAUCGCGCUGGACUCCGACGGGGGCGAGGUGGACUCCGACCCGGGAGUGGCCGGGGCAGCCGCCGCCGCCCCGCCGCCGCCGCGCGAGGCGGGCCCCCAGGCGUGGCCUCCCUGGCUGCAGCCGCCGCCCGAGCUCGCGGGCGCCGGUGCGAGGAGUCGCUCGUACGUUGUCGACGUGUGCUCGCUCCAGGUGCUGCGGGCGACGUUCUACUGGAGUGACGACAAGCAGAUGCACAUGGGCGCCUCGGCGCAAGGCACGCCAAUCACGGCAAGGCCGUCCACUCCGAGCGCCUUGCAGCACUCCCCCGCGCGCGCCUCCGCAGGCCGCCACAGGUUCGAGCACAUAGAGAGGUUUGAGACAGCGGCCGUGAAGCGCAACAGUGCGGACCUCUUCGAGCAUCUCAACGCCGACCUCACCAACACCCAUGGGAAGACUCCUGGGGGUGACUCCAGGGCCGACGAGAGGGGCGAGAGGGCGCCGCUGCUGGCCGCCCGGCUCCUGUCAGGCUGCGCGUACCUGCUCAACAGGUAUGCGGGUUAA